AUGCUUAACCUUAGCACUAGCACUAAAAAAGCUAUUAUUGCUGUAAAGCUUACAGUAGGCAACAGCGUCUAUAGAGACCUCUUAAACCUUGUUAUACUAAAAAGUGUAAAGAGCCUACAGACUGCAGCAGCUAGUCUUGCUAGCUUAAAGUUUACAUGCUUAAGUGUUAGACACCUUAUCUGUAAGAAGCUACUCGCGCUUAAGCAUAAGAAAUACUUUAAUUUCUUAAAAGUAUUAACAAAGUGUUGUAAGAUUACUAGUAAUAAAAGCACUGCCUUUUUAAGCCUAACUUUUUUAUACUACACUAGUUUAAUACUAGUUUGCUUUUAUAAUUAUAUAGACAGCAAAUGUUAUUAUAAACCUUAUAUGUCUCCUUAA